UCACAUCCACAAACACCUACUCUUGUUUUGAAAAUAUGAAAUAGAAGCAGCUGAUCCGUUGAACCUUUGUCGGUUGUUUAACAACGAUUUAAUCAAUCAAAAAACUUUCUAUUUUUGGGCAGGGAAGAGGUAACAUGGCAUAAAAGAUAUUACGACACCCCUUAUUCGAUACCAUAUCUUUGUUAAAGUGACCUUGACUUUGCGGAUUUUAUGUCGUGUAAUGCGUCUUUGAUCUAGCUACUCUACAGUACAGGAUAAGUUUUAUUUGUGAAGAAGUGAACGUUAGUUUUCAAGCGUGAGCUUAAAAGUGAAAAUGUUAUUGAAUAUAGGGUUAAAUCUAGUAGAUACUGUCUUUUGUUCUGUUUGGCGAUUUUUGGGCUGUCAAAGAAACGAUGUCACCUCUUUUCAAAGGGAUGGUAUUGAGGCAAAGUAUGCACUGGCAGAUGAAGCUUUUGUUACCCUAGCCACUGAUGACAGCUACAGUCUUGGAGCUCUUGUCCUUGGUCACUCUUUGCGCAUUGUCCAAACUUCACGAAGUCUGGUUAUCCUAGUCACAGCUGGUGUCACUGCAGAUAUGAGGUCACAGUUAGCUUCUGUCUUUGACCUGGUUCAGGAAGUUGGUGAAAUUAAUAGUCAGGAUGAAGCCAAUUUAACCAUUUUGACUCGACCAGAGCUAGGAGUCACAUUAACUAAACUACAGUGUUGGAAACUUAUUCAGUUCCAGAAAUGUGUCUUCUUAGAUGCUGAUACUUUAGUACUAAGAAAUUGUGAUGAACUUUUUAACAGAGAAGAACUUUCAGCUGCUCCUGAUAUUGGCUGGCCAGAUUGUUUUAACUCUGGUGUUUUUGUCUUUAAACCAUCAGAUGAAACGUAUAAGGCAUUAGUAAAGUGUGCUAAGGAGAAAGGAAGUUUUGAUGGUGGUGACCAAGGGCUGUUGAAUCUUUUCUUCCAAGACUGGGCCACAAAAGAUAUUUCUCGUCAUCUGUCUUUCCUCUACAACAUGAACUCUAAUGCAUGUUAUACCUACCUACCUGCAUUUAAACGGUUUGGUAAUGAGGUCAAAAUUGUUCAUUUUCUGGGUGAAAUGAAACCUUGGAUGUACAAAGUCAGUGAAGGAAAAGUUGUAAAACCACAUCAGAGUCAAUAUUAUAGUGAUCACCUUCAGUAUUGGUGGGAUUUAUUUCUGUCACAUGUUCAGCCACAUCAGGAUAUCCCUUCAAAUGAUCUUGGUAAGAUAAAACUUGAGUUACCAGAAGAAAGAAAAUCCAGUGUAUUCCAAGACCAUCCAAUGGCUCUAAAUCUUCAUUCUCGACAGGAGGCAUGGGAGAAGGGACAAAUCGAUUACAUGGGUGUUGAUUGUUUUGAAAAUAUUCGUCAAAAAUUGGACAGUAAGAUCUAUGGCAUAAAAUAAUAAACUUACAAAAUAUGUUCUCUUCUACUGAAGUAUGCAACCAGGCUUCAGUUAGGAACACAAAUAUGCCAUCAUCUUCAUGAAGGAACAGCCUUGUAUGCUUAAAAAUAUUUCAUAUUGUCCUUACCAAUGUUAUGAGGUACCUGUUGGAAUACUAGCAAUACAUUUAUCUGUUAAUGCUUGAAAAGUAUGUGCAAAAUUGUACAUGUAUAUUAUAAUAGAAUUUUAGUGUAAGUACAACUCAUUUCAAUUUUAUAUGUAUUCUUUAUUGUUGAUAAAAUUGUUAGUACAGGUUAAUAAAGCUAUGAAUCUAUAAUUGUUGUAUGGAAAGAGAGUUACUUUUCUUCAUUUUCAAAAAUGUAUGAUUUGUUAUACCAUUUGAGUUUAUGUUUUUGUUUGAGAGAGUACUAUGGUUAGGGUAAAAAUUAUUCUUUAGUUGAAAGAAAUAUUACUCCUUCCUCAAAAAAUAUAAAAAUUUAACAUGUGUCUAUAUUUAGCAGUUGAUAGCCUAAAUACCUACAGUUGUAAUGUAUGAUAAUUAUAAUAUCUGUUAACUCUACAAAUGUUGUUGUAAUAGCUGUUUGUAAUGUAUUAUUUGUACUGCUACGUGUAUUGUACUGAUUUCUUUAAACAUUAUUUAUAUUUUUAUUCCUCUUAUAUUUAUUUGGCCAAAAUUUUACUAAGCUAUUUUUAAUUUUCAAUUUUUUUUUAUCUUAAAAAUUAAGUUAAUAAGAGAAAAGAAGGUUAAGUGGAGGCUACAAUGCACAUUCUUAAUAUUUAUUAAUGACUUGUUUGUUGUCAAGUGCCCAACAUGGAUAUUGAACUCUAAUGUUUAGCUUUGUAAACCCAAAAGCUUACUGCUGAGGGGUUAAUAAUAGCCAUAAUUAUUCAUGCUCUAAUAAUGUACAUAGAUAUAUGAAGCACAAUUAAUGCACAUUCCAUGUCUUGGAUAAUUUUACUAUUAACACUCUUUCUAAAAUCUAUCUUAUGCAACUUUGAAAUACACGUAUGUAUAUGGACCACUUUAUCAUUUUUGUUUAUUCACCCAGAAGCUUGUGAGCAUUUAUUACAUGUUAGCAAUGAGUUCCUGUUUCACAUCACAGCAGUAAUAUUGUAUGGUGAUUGCUUAUAAUAUCUGUUUUUCUACAUAUUAUGUAUAUUUUUCCAACCCUCAUCACAUUUUGUUUGUAUUGAAGUAUGAUAGCUGUAAUCUUUAGCGUGUAUUAUGGAGUUGUUAUCCAUUCCAUGAAACCAUUCUUAGUGUUUAACAUGGACUGGAACCCACUUCUGGGAGGGGAACUGUGAGACCUGGUUAUAAAAAUAGUAGUGCCAUUAGUAAAAUGUCUGCAUUCUCACAAAAUGUAUAUACAGUAGACAUGUGUCACACAAUGCCACUGAAAAAAAAAAACAUUCCAAAGCUGUGAAUUGAUAAUUGCAAAUUAAUAAAUUACAUUGUGAGAUAGCACUGGUAACUAACACAUUUUGACUGUGGAUCUAUAUAUAGGAAUUAUUUAUUUCAUGCUUCCAAUUUAGUUCCAUGAUUACUAGCAUAUUAUUGUGAAUUUAUUUUAAGCAUGUUCUUUUCAUGGCUGACAAGAAAUAUACAAUGCAACAGAAGUUUCAAACUGAUUGAGGUCAAAGCUCAAUCUGCAUUUAUUUAUCCCACUUGUAAUGUAAUUUCAAUUUAAAAAGGGAGUGAAAUCCACAGAUAAUGGAACAAAUAUUUAGAAAUAAUCUGGGGAAGUUCUUUCAGAUGUUUGUUUUCUCUAUUUUUGUGUCUUGCCGUACAGUGAAAAAAUUAUAAUGUGACACAAUGUUAUCAUCAAGCACAAGAUGUAACCACAUGACCCCAGCAAGGUAAAUUCUGAUAUUUUUGUGAAACAAAAAAAGCAGAUUAUAACUUAAAGAAAGCAAUAUUUUUUUUAGGAUGGUUCAUAUUUACAAGUUUAGAGAAAGAUCAUAUUUUAAGUUUGUAAAACCUAAUUUAAAAUGUCAUGUGUAAUGACAAGUUAAAUAAUGGUGAUAAUUUACAUCUAUGUGUAAGCUGUACAAAAUUAUAACAUGAAAAUUUUGGAAUUUUCAUGGCAUUUUGCUGAGUAAUAUUAUAUAGAACUCCUAAAUAUCUAAUUUUGUAAAUAUAAAUACUUAAAUUAAUUUGUACAGCAAUUAAGUACAAAUAUGGAUAUAUGGCCCUGUGAAAUACAAGUAAAAGAUUUUACAGUAUAUACAUCAUUUUCCUACCCGUUAAAUAUGUGCAAAAUUUAUAGGUUAUGAAGUAUUACAAGUAAUAUUAAUGUGUUCAUAGUAACUUAUGAAGUUAACACAAAUCAUCAUUGACACAUUAAAGCAUUUUUUGCACGAAAUACAUUUAAUCAUUACACAAGUUCUACCGCUAAUUUCCAUUCAUUCAUCAUUUCUGGAAAAAAAUGCUAUUAAAACAUGUUUGGUAAGUCCUUUAAAGGGUUUCAAUUAUACAAGCUUUGAAAGAUUUAUUUUAAUAGAUGUAUGUGUUUUUUAUGCUGUUAUUCUUGUUGCAUUUGUAUAAGAAAAAAAUCUUUCUGGUGUAACUGUGGUGUGUUAUAAUAAUAUUGGGUAAAUAACCUCUGAAUAUAACUUCUUUAGAGUCUUAGACUUUGGGAUUAUAAUUUUAAAGUCAACCAGUAAUGUAUAAGAAAUAGUUAUUACAGGAUAAUUUUAAGUAAUUAUGUCAUAAUGGUACUGUUGUAUAUGAAAUUGGUUGUUGUUUUUGGAUCAUUUCCUCUUUACAAUUUUCAACAAAUACUGAUCUGUAUUUUUAUAUAUUUUCUGUAUUUUAGUUUUUAUUGUUAACUUAAGGAUCUAAUUCAGGGUUUUACAUGUAUAAAAAAAAAUAAAUAUUGUUACUAAUGAAAAGUUUCAGGAUUUGUAUGUAUAGUGUAGUGAGUAAUGUUACUUAAAAAUUUGUCACUUUGGGUACAUAAGAAGUUCCAGUUUUAACAUAAACUAAACACAGGAAGGUAAUAAGUAAGUUGUAAUGGGCCUUCAAGUUCUAAAGAACUAAAUGUAACAAAUGUUAAAUUUUACAUGUAUGCAAGCUUACUGUAUUGUUUGCUAAAGUUCUGGCAAUUCAACAAGCUUGAGUAGGACUAUUGUAAGUGAUUUGUUGAACUAAAAGAGCACAUAUAGUAAAAUUAAAGAAUUGUUUUACCUCUCAUAAAGGACUGGAUAAAUAAUAUUAAAAGAGUUUCCCAAAGGAAUUGUAAACCAUAUGUAUUAUUUUUAAUUUUUGGACAUAUAACAUUUUAAAAAUAACACCUUGGAUUUGUAAUGUAACUUAUAUUAAUGUCUUUAAUGCUUAUUUUUGUUAAGUAAUAAAUCACAAAUGUAGUCAUGGAGCUUUAACUUCUUUUUGUAGGAUCUUUGUUUAUAUCUUACUGUAAAGAUAAUCCAUUAUGUAUGUGUUAAUGCCCGUCACCUAGAGUUGGCUGCUCGAAUACCAUAUUUUUGGUAUCUGGAAAUUGUCUGAUGGUGUACAUGGGCUAUCUUGUUUCAGACUUUUUACCUAAAAGGGGAAAAAAAAGGCCCCAAAAUAGGGCACAUUUCCACUCUUUAUAUACUUUAGGCUUGCAUCACGUAGAGUUGAUUGGAUCAGUUACAGUAUUUUUUUUAUAAAGUAAGUGGAAACUGUCCAAUGGUGUACAUUGGCUAUUUGAUUUUAGGGGUUUUGCCCAAAAAGGGGGAUGAAAGCCUGUGAAAUAGGGCAUAUUUCCACUUUUUGAUACACUUUUGGCUUGCAUCACCCAGAAUUGGCUGGCUCAAUAACAUAAUUUUUUUUCCCCCAAAUGAUGUACAUAUGCUAUCUUGUUUUAGGAUUUUUGCCCAAGAAGGAAAAUAAAAAAACACCUUGAAAUAGGAAAUAUUUUCACUUUGUUAUAGACUUUUGGGUUUGAAUUUAAAUACACAAGUACUUAAUUAGUUUAAUGAAUCAAUUAUUACCAUAAAGCAAGGUAUGCAAUGAGCAUCUAAUGAGGAUAUUAAGGAUUUAAUAACAAAAGAAAAAAGGAAGUGAGAUGUUACCUAACAUUGUCCUUUAUACAAUUUUUGCUUUCCUUAAUGGGUAUUUGCAGCUAAUAUAUAAAAAAAGAUUAAAUUAUCAGUCUUAGGUUAUGUUCCUUGUUUUAAGUUUUUCAUUUGCUGAGGCUGUUAAUGGUAAGAACAUAGCUAGAAUAUUUCACAAAAUGUCAAGUAUAAUAAUUUACCGUAUCAUUAUUCCAUGUUCAAACUUGUAGGAAUAAUAUUUGUUAGAACAAUUCUCAGAGUCUAAGAUUGGCUUUUCUCCCACUAUAGAAUUGCCUGUGUUAUGACACCAGUGUUCUGGUUGACAAACGAAUUGUAAGAUAUACUUUAUGUAUUUUGAACAGUUAAAUAAAGUGUUUUUAUUGUAAA